UCUGGCCUGUUUGUCUCUAGUGUCCUCUUACUGACACUCCAUGGCCUGUCCAGGAUUGCUGGGGUCCAGUCUGAGGGUCUCCAGUGGACUCUGGGCCACAGUUUGUUUCUUUUUCUGCUGGAAGGGUGACAGCUCCAGUGCUUUGGGGUUUCUGUUUCGUAGGCCGCAGGAUCCAGCAGCCAAGCGCUAAGACGAGACACUCCAGCAAUGACCAGUUCUCCUGUCUCCAGAGUCGUGUACAACGGCAAGAGGAACAGCAGUCCCCGCUCUCCCACCAACAGCAGUGAGAUCUUCACACCAGCACACGAAGAGAACGUGCGCUUCAUUUAUGAAGCCUGGCAGGGUGUUGAGCGAGACCUGCGCAGCCAGCUGUCAAGUGGAGAGCGGGGCCUCGUGGAGGAGUAUGUGGAGAAAGUGCCCAACCCCAGCCUGAAGACCUUCAAGCCCAUCGACCUGAGUGACCUGAGGCGCCGGAAUACGCAGGAUGCCAAGACGUCCUAGAGCGCCUGGCGCCCUCCCCUGGCCUCAGAAGAUCAGGGUGCACUUGAUGUUGGCUCCCUCUGCUCAGUGGCUCUGCUCCUGGGAGGGGGAGGAGCGUGUGCUCCAGCGGGCUGUGAUCCCCAGAGCCAGCAGGACUGAUGGCCAAGGGCCUCCCUUUCCUCUCCAGGGUCUCCAGUUGCCCCUGCCACUGCGGGAGCAGGGAUCUGGCCAUGUCUGCCCCUGUCCUUUUUUCCUGGCCAGCUGCAUCUUGGGCAGCACCUGGCCUCGCAUACCCAGCCCUCUGCUGUUAGCUGCCAUGCCUCACCCCUCUCCUCCUGGCCAUGUAAGAUCAGGAAGGAAAAAAGGGACCUCUGUUUCCUCGGCUCUGGGAACCCUGACAUGACCAGAAAGUAGGACAUGUGCAGUCUCACCUGCAUCCAGUGUGGCUCUCUCCAUGGAGACCUGCUCUUCUUCUGGCCUGGACAUUUGGGAAGCUCCCCCUCCCAGCCCCACCACUGUCCUUGCCCGAAUUUCAGAGUGGAAUCAGCUCCAAGCCUAGGACAGUGCUGGCUCUAUGAAGGCGGCCAGGCCUGGUCUCCUGGUACCUGUAGCCCUGUGGCCAGAGCAGUGCCCUUGGGCAGGGACACUAAGGCUGGCCCUGAAGGAGUGUUGCUGCCAGGCCUGGCUUUCUGGAGUGUCCUGGGAGGGUAACCAAGGCCCUUUUCAAUCCAAGUGUCUGUAGCUCUAGAGACAGA